GAAGGAUAAAGUAAUAUGUAGAAUAUGUAGGACCAAACUCCCAUACCACGGGACAACGAGCAACUUAAGAGCCCACCUGUCUACGGCAAGCUGGAGCUGGAGGUGGAGGGGGUGAAGGUGAAGGGAUUCGGGCCAAGGCAGGCCAGAAUCGACACCGUGCUGUCACCUUCACGAGGCCUUCCCUAUGUCUGUCAAAGUAAACAACAGAUUUGCUGACAAGGUUCAUUUGCGUAGAUAUGAGGCCCAUUAACGCGAUAUAUUGGAGCGGGUUUCAAUUUUUGAUCCACGAGCUAGAGCCAAGAUUCAAGAUCCCCUGCUUCCGGACCAUCAGUUGUAUAAUAACGAAGCUGUACGAAACAACCAAAGAUGGCAUUAGGGGAAUGCUGCGUGGAGAAAAACUCGGACUGACCACUGAUGGGUGGAGUUCUUUGGCUACCGAGUCCAAUGUUACGGUCACAGCCCAUUUCAUCGAUGAGGACUAGGAGAUGAGAAAUGUCGUCCUUGACACGUCUGAGCUUCACACAGCAGUGAAUGUCUCUACAUGCAUCGACAGUAUUCUACAAGAGUUUCAAGUGGCGCGGGAGUCUGUGCUUGCCAUCACAACUGAUAAUGCGACCAACUAUGUCAAUGCUGUAGAGAGGUACUUGAGGAUCACGGAUAUCCUGUGCAUGGCUCACACAAUUAACCUGGCAGCGAGAAAGGGGCUUUCAGAGCGUUCCGUUGCAACAGCAGUCAGACGCCUGAAGGCUGCCGCUCAGCAUUUCAAGCACUCCCCUACAGACAGCUACCUCCUGGAGGCCAAGCAGAAGCUCCUUAGUCUCAAACCAGUCCAGCUGAUCAACGACUGCGCCACUCGCUGGAACAGUACAUACGACAUGAUCUGUCGGGCAGCUGAUCAACAAGCCCCUGUUGCAGCAGUGAUAAUGGAGAAGAAACUCAGCCGUCUGGAGCUCAGCAGUGUGGAGUGGACGCUGAUGGAAAAGGUGAAAGACGUGCUGCAGCCGUUCAAAGUAGCCACCCAGGCGCUGUCAACAGAAGACUACCCAACAGCAUCAGCGGUCCUUCCCCUGCAGUAUGUGCUUCUGACACAACUAAAGCCCUCCACCGAGGACCCGGCAGGACUGAGACAGAUGAAAACCAUGUUGUCAACUGAUCUGAAGGCGCGAUAUGGCCCCAACAAAGAUGCACUCUUGCUACUGAACACAGCCAGCUACCUCGACCCCCGUUUCCACCGGCUGGUUCAUUUGGAACAAGAAUCGCGGCAGGCAGUGCGAGAUAAGGUUCAGAGGGAGCUUGCAGACCUCAGCGAGGAGACAGGCGUGGAAAGCCAAGAGGAGAAUGCCACCACUACGGCGCCACAGCAGCGCAAGGAAAAUAAUGCUCUUAGUGCGAUGGGGGACCUCUUUGGCGAUGUUUACUGCCAAAAUUCGGCCGGAGCAGCAACCCCCUGUACUGGUGGAAGGAGAGAAGCCCCAAGUACCCCCGGAGUUUUCCACCGCGGGGAACAUCGUCUCAAAGCAACGCUCUUCCCUAGAGCCAGAACAUGUUUCUCGUCUCUCUGA